CCGGGUCGUGUUACGUGAGUAGGCGGCGCGGGCGGGUGAGCGAACGAACGGAGAGCAGUCUGCAAACGGCAGGGAGAGAGAGAGAGAGAGAGAGAGAGUGUGUGUGUGUGUGUCCCCGCCCGAAAGAGUAUGGCGGUGCUGACUGCGGAGUCGGGCAAUGGGAGAGCUUCGGGAGUGUAAAGCCGGAGAGGAAGAGAAGGGGGUGUGGGAGAGAAAAGAAAUGAGGAGGAACUUGCGUUACAUUCGAUGAAGAGAAAGAAGAUGGGGAGGGGAGGAAGCGCCGCCGUUACCUUCCUGUGAGGCGGAGGAGCGGCCUUUUGUCUCCCUCCGGGGGAGGGGUGGAUUUUUUCCCCCUCUCAGACCCUCCUGAGGAAAAGAAGAAGUGCGGGCAAAAUAAAGGAUUGUGGGAAAGUUUGACUUCCCCUUUAAUUUGCCCCCGCAUUUCUUGCCCUCCGAUUUUUAUUUCACCCUCCCACCCCCGCCCCCACCUUAAAGGCGCAGUGUGUGGCAGGGGCGGCCAUGCGGGAGUACAAGGUGGUGGUGCUGGGCAGCGGCGGCGUGGGCAAGUCAGCCCUGACAGUGCAGUUUGUCACCGGGACCUUCAUCGAGAAGUAUGACCCGACCAUCGAGGACUUUUACCGCAAAGAGAUCGAGGUGGACUCGUCACCCUCGGUGUUGGAGAUUCUGGACACAGCAGGCACUGAGCAGUUUGCCUCCAUGCGGGAUUUGUACAUUAAGAAUGGCCAGGGUUUCAUCCUGGUUUACAGCCUGGUCAACCAGCAGUCCUUCCAGGAUAUCAGGCCUAUGCGUGACCAAAUCAUCCGCGUGAAACGCUACGAAAAAGUGCCCGUCAUCCUCGUGGGCAACAAGGUGGACCUAGAAAGCGAACGAGAGGUGUCAGGUGCUGAGGGCCGGGCCCUAGCUGAGGAAUGGGGCUGCCCCUUCAUGGAGACCUCGGCCAAGAGCAAGACCAUGGUUGAUGAGCUUUUCGCUGAGAUCGUCAGACAGAUGAACUACGCUGCACAACCUGACAAGGAGGAUCAGUGCUGCUCUUCCUGUGUCCUACAGUAAAACACGUUUGGAACAGCAAAAACCACAGAAACUUUGUCAGUUCCUAUCUGGGGAGAUGUCCUCCUCUUCUGAUCUAGGAGGCAACUAGAUUAUUUCUUAUUGCUGUGUAUAAAAACAGCAGAUAUUGAAAGAGAGGUUUAUAACUUGCUCAGUGUUGCUCAUCGUGUAUGCUAGCAUCAACACAAAAGCAAAACAAAAGCACUUUUGGGUUAUGACAAGACAUUCAGUCAGUUACUAUCUGGCAAGUGGCUGUCUCUUCUAAAUCAGGGGACCCACCAGAUUAUUUCACACUGUUUUAUAAAAAGCAGAGUGUCUUGAUGUGAAGCUUUAUAACUGAUGACCCCCUUCCUGUGUCCGAUAUAAGGAGAAAAAAAACAAACACUUUGGGUUAGCAUGAGACUUCGUAUUAGUUCCUGCCUGUGAGAUCUCUGCCUCUCUUAGUCCAGGAGACCCGUUAGAUUGUUUUGUGUUCUUUGUUUUUUUAUAGAAAAAAUAGAAGGAAAUCAAGAGCUUUAUAACGAAAAUCAAAUUGGGGACCAGUGUCCUAAAGCCUAAACUCAUGCUUUGAAUUAGUUGUGAUCUGGGAAGUCUUUGCCUCUUCCAACCCAGGUGAAACUAAACUAUCUCAUAUUGCUGUUUGUAAAAGGGGAGGGUAUUGAUAAGAGGGCUAUAUAAUUGAUGUUCAGUGCUGCUCUUUGUGUCAUACCAUAAAAAGGUAAUGAUUUCUUUAAACACAAGAAAAGACUGGUUGUAAUGAGUAAAUUACAUGUGUUGUGACACAGCUUCAGAAGAGAAGAGCCAAUUACUUAGUGAAAACUUUAAAACUAAAAUUUAUGGUUGAGGAUUAGGGCUGCUCUCUGUUGUGUAAAUGCACUGAUUUUAUAUAAAAAGAUUUUUUUAAAGGAGCAGUUGUUAUGAUGCAAGAAGGAUGCCCACACCUGAUUGACGUAGCUUCAGUCUUCUGCAUUGUGUUACUGAGCAGUUAAAAUGCUUAUUGUAAAGUGGAGAGCUAGUAACUAAAUGGGGAGAGGAGAGUUCUCAGUUCAUGUCUUCUGAAGUGAAUUGGAAACAGCCCGAGUUCUUUAGUUGUUUGUACCUAUAGGGUCCAUGGGCAAGCAAACAUGCAAUGCAUUACAACAGAAAGGAGUCUGGGCUGUUCUUCAGAGUCAGAGGGAAAAGCAGUGGAUUUUUGUAACUCCUACAUUGCAAAGCCUAACUGGGAGCAGUAAUGUCAAGGGCUGUUCUUCAGUAUUCCAUCAGGUUUUUGUAAUGCGUAGUAACAUACUUUUGUGAAUACUGCAGAAGUAAUGAUAGGUGUUAAGUUCCUCUGUUAGUGUCUAAGGGAAGGUACAAUGAACAACUCAUUGUAUUGUGACUGACUGACCAUAAUCAUUGUACAAGAACAAAUUGACUAAUUCACUUAUUUUCUUUUGUGGAUAGGACGUUACCCUCUCUGUGUACUCUUGUGUUGCUUAAUGGUGGGAAGGAAGAAAGCAAAAUGACUUAUUUUCUAUCACGUGGUGGAGAAAAUUUAAACUGUCAAAAUAAAUUUACUGAUCAAUCAAUACUUCAACUUCUCUUGCAAAAAAUGAGCAGCUUUACAAACUGACCAGAUUUGGUUUACUUUUUUUCUCCACUGUUUUGAAAGGUGAUUAUUUCACUGUAUUGAUUAUUUGAGAAGAUGACAUCCAGUUUUCUCACUUUUUUUGUAAUACUUCAUAGGGAGGGUGAAGAAGAAUGCAGGACUCCUUGUAGAAAAUUGAAGCUAAUUUGGAAAGAGGUACACAACUAUUAGAAAAGAAAAGUUUUUUGCUUAACAGAGAAAGGGAAAAAAUAUUGCUAUUCCUGCAAGGUGAAAUUAAAUUAUUAUGCUAAAAGUCAGAAUGGCAGCUCCUAUGCUGCCAUAAUACAUGGAAAUUGAAUGCUGGCUGAAUGGGAUUAGAUUAGUUAGUUUGUUUUUGACCAGUGCAGACACGAUGGGCCAAAGGGCCUUUUUCAGUGCUGUAGACCCCUGUGACUCUCUGAAGUAUUAGCACAAUGGCUAUCACUAGCCAGCUCUGGGAGGAUGGGAGACUAUCCCACGUAAAAUGCCCUCAUUUCACCAUUGUGAUUUUAAAUGACCCAUGUCGCUGAGUGCUUCUUCAGUGAGAAGGUGAGUAGAAUUCCUUGUCCAGCCUUUCCUCUUGCCGGUGAGGACAAGGAAGUAUUGAGCAAAGUUGCCUCUGUGAGGUUGAGAUAAAUCUUCAGUCAAGUUUAAAGGCUCCUACGGAAUAAUCCUUGCAGACUGUGCGCUAAGCGGAAAGGAAUAUUGUUGCCCGUUCCCACAAGUGUCUCAGUCUACUAAUGAAUACAUUUUUCAACGGGUGUGAUAUUAUGUGGAACUUGAGGAUGUAAACACCUGAAUAUCACCUAUAACGCGUUGGGAAGGCUUGAAAAUUCCACGUCAUGGAACUCAAAAUUUUUUUUAAAAAAUCACGUUGCAGUCAAUCCAGACAAAUAAGAUUCAGAUUCUUGUAUUGCACAUUGAAGAAUUCAUUGAAUUUAUAGCUUGAGUCUGUGGAAAUGAAAAGUCUUUUGAAUUGAUCAAACCUUACAAAUUAGUAGAAAUUAUCCCUCCAAUUUCCUUCUUUCCUGAUGCAGAAGUGGCAAAAAUAUAUUUUAUUUUAUGAAUGGUGCUCAAAUACUUUAUUGUGGAUUUUUUUUCCAUUUUACAUCUUUUGAACUAAGAAUAUAAUGAAUGCAUGGCUGAACACCAGAUAAUUACUAAAGUCUUACAUUGGAGCAUCUGUAGUGGUUUAAUAAAUGAACACAGUAGCAAAGUGUUUUGGGCACUACGGUCUUAUUUUGCUUGCUUUGAAAUAUCUGGCAGUUGUUUGUAUUUUAAUUUUGUUAAAUGCCACUGCUUAGAACCAGCAGUUGGAAUUGUGGAAGUGGGGACACUUUUCUCCAAAGUUGUCCCCUGCCAAGGGAGCUUUGUCAGGUCCAUAAAAGUUGUCACACACUUCGAGGAAACAAGCCCUUGCGGGUAGAAUUGAUGUAUCUUGUAUUCAGAUUUCUAAAGACAGGAUUCCCAAAGGAGUAAAUCACGUGUCAGGUUUUAAGUAUGGUGUACAAGUGAAAGCCUGAACAUGUUACUGGACGCGCCCAACAUGAGCAAAACAACUUGAUUCUCCAGAUCAAGGUUUUCCUUCACUUUAAGCUGUUCAAUUCUUUCAUGAAAAUGACAUCCUGCAUCUUCAAUGAUAUGUGGUGGAUUGUGUGACUUUUAACUGUUGCAAAAAGAUUUUUCUUAAAGCUGCAAGUUUCUUUUUAUAGACCAAGAAGGCAAAAAGACAUUUAUGUGAAUUGCAAUAGUUUAUUUUCCAUUUCCAGUAGAUUACAAUAAACUGAAGGUGCAGUAAACAAGGUCCAGUUUGCGUGAUUUUUUUUGCAGGAUGAUGGGAGCUUAACUUCAUUUUAUAAUGUACAGACUUUUUGUUGAAGCAUUCGGAGAUGUACUUUAUUCUCUCGUUAUAUAUCAGCUUACGUUUACAUUUCCAAACAGUGUCUUGCAUUGUUUUUAUUACUUGCCUGAAUGUUCAGAUAUAUUUACAGCAAUGCCUCGUUUCGUAUUUAAUGACCCCUUAAAACUGAUUUGUAUGUGUGGGCAACAUUCUUUGCAAACUAACUAGAUGUUAAAGGCUAAUCUAGUAAGGCUGAAUCUUCUAAACUGUUCAAUCCUGUUUUACUUUACAGUUUAAAAUGAAAAGUAAUGUUCUGGGCUGUAGCAGUUGAUUUGCACACAGAUACUGUGCAUAUUCACCUGUGUGUGUGUGUGUGUGUGUGUGUGUGUGUGUGUGUGUUUUUAAAGAAAGUAGACUUAGUUCUUUUUAUUGCAGUUAUGAAAGCAGACAGAUUUUCUUUGUGGAUACUAGUUGUUCUUUGAUCUUCACAUGGGACUGGUUCCAGGAAAUUUUAGAUUUCAUACUGAUGACAUGUUUAGUGGAAGAUAAGGAAGGGAACUGAUAAAUUUGUGUUCAUGCCAGACAAUUGAAGCCGGAUAAUACAAGAUUUAACUAUCUUGUUUUAGAUGUUUCCUAUUGAGAAUUCCCUCCUACUUGGUGCUAAAUCAGUUUGCACAAAUAUAAUGGCUAGCUAAUAAAUUUUUUUAUUUCGCUAUAUGCAUGGCACCUGUUUCAUUGACUAGAAAUGUUGACAUCGCAAAUUACCUUGUGCAAAUCUUUUUCUAGUUUGACGUGCUGCCUGUGAGUUGGCCUAACUGCCUUUUAAGCCAAAGAAAGCUAUUCAAAGUUGGAAACAUUUGCAAUGUGUUGUUUGUGCUAAAUGCUUAAUAUCACAAAAGCCCCUGGACUCACUAUUUUAACAGUAUUUAAUCUAUUAAUUUUGAGUUUUAACAACCACAGAAAUGAAGGCACCUUGGCACAAUAACAGGCACUUUUUUUUUGUUUUCAGAAUCCGAUUCAGAAGCUAGAUGUUUCCCAAACGAAUGAACGAAUGUGACUUUUUAAAUAUAGCACCUAAUCAUGGAUCUCCAAUAUCCCAAAACAUUUCUUGUAAUAAGAAUUUUUAUGCUGUGACAUUGCUUGUCUAGUUUAAUACAAAAAUUUUAACUGAAGUCAUACUCUUUGGUUUGUAUCCCCAAAAUCUCUAGCGUAGUUGGUGUACAAUUUUGAACAAUAUUUCUAUUUUUAUAAAAUAGAACACGGAACCAAGUAUUUAUAGGACAUCUUCCAAAAUCCAAUUGCCCAUCCCUAAGCCCUGAUGAAAUCUCUGGCUGGCUUCAUCACGCAUUCUUUAAUUUAGAGCCACUGUUCUGUUAGAGUAAUUAUAAAUUCAUCUUGGUGAAUGCAAAUCCUAAUGCUGCUUAAUGUCAGGUGUAGGGAGAUAAUUAUACUCCAGUUGUGCUCAAGUUUAGUAUAUUUCCCAAGUAUAGGAGUAGUUGAUUCUUCUAAAGGUGUUGCUUUUUGAGCAAUAAAGAUAGUCAAAAAAUCUUCGUAGAUCUGGAAGCUAGCUUGUUUGUGGUUGGUUUACCAGUAGAGUUAUGUGAUGUGUAUGCUCAAAUGUUGUUUUGACAGUGUAUCAUUUAUGAUUGCAUAAAAGGAGCUAUUCAUAAGCACAUCUAAUUCCAAUUUUUUUCUUUUUGUUUGUUUUAUGAAGUGAGGCUGUAUUUAAUCACUGCUUCAGCUAGUGAAUAAACAUUAAGGGCAAAGCUAGACAUCUGUUAAAACCUUGUGAGUGAAUUUGAAUAGGGACUUGUGUAGCUGUACCUAUAUAUUGGCAGUGAUUGUAUAUGAAAAUAUUGGAAUGCGUGUGACUGUCUAGCUUGUGCUAAACUACCAAAAGCUGCUGAACAGACAUGUUCCUGCUGUUAACUUUAAUUUAGGUAUCCACUCCGUCUGUUUUUUUUUUUGAAUAGCAAACUUCUAUCACUACAAUUUUCCCCUUGCAUGAAGUCAUGGAGGUUGAAUUGGAACCAUCUAAAUUAAAGCUGCAAAAGGCAGAGUACCCCAUUUUGAGUCUUCUAGCCUCUGGGUUCUAGGGUUUCCAAGAUCCCAAAGUAUAUGGUUAGAUUAGGACCAGCUUGGUUAUUGGCCUUUAGUGGAGGUAAGGCAAAAUUGGAUAAGGUUGUGGUGCGAUUGUGGAUUUUUGGUGGGACAGUGAUUAAAUAUCUAACUGAGGAAGUCUUUGGGGAAAGUAGAGUGAAGGGACAAGAUCCAACAGAUAUUUAUAAUUUAUUGUAAUUUAGUUGCCAUCUUAACCUUCAGAACAGCUACAAAGUUGUAAUUGUUAUGUUGACCAGAGGUGUAGUGGGCCUCAUUGUGGGCACCUUUUGGUGUACACGUCAAAUUCCUACUUAAGUUGUUUUCCUCAUUUUCUGCUUACAGAUCGAAGUUCCGUGCAUAGAACUCCUUUUGUGAUCUCUGUACCGCAGAAAACUAAAACAAAUGAAGAUUUACACUCUAUGCACAAUUGAAAAUACUUGUAACCUGUAAAUGACUAGAUGCAUGUUUCUUGUUUGAGGGAUAAAUAUUGGCCAAGACACAUGAAAAACGUUCGGCAGUUAAACUAGUGCUAGGAGACUUUUUUUAACAUGCAUCUCUGGGCAAACGGGGUAUAAUGUGUGCAUUGACACCUGACAAAGCAGGUGGAACUAGUUUAGUUUGGGAUUAUGUUCGGCAUGAACUAAUUGGACCAAAUGGUCUGUUUCCGUCCUCUGAUUCUAUAUCAUCAAUAUGAUGUGUUAGUCAAAAGUUUUCUGCUUUAGAAUGGGGUUGUAAUCAAGUGAGAUUGUUGUUACGCCUGGAACUGUGUGUUGGCUGCUUGGAAAUAAAUUCUGUAAGCAUUAAGAUGUGUUUGGUGAUACUGUGUAAUUGUGAGCAUGAGUGUUUUUCAUCACCUUCACCUUAUUAGUUAAUCCACUUCGCUCCCUGUCAUCUUUACAAACAAUAAAUGGGGUAGCACGGUGGCUCAGUGGUUAGCACUGCUGCCUCACAACGCCAGGGACCCGGGUUCAGUUCCAUCCUCAGGCAACCGUCUAUGUGAAGUUUGCACGUCAUCCCUACAUCUGUAUGGGUUUCCUCCAGGUGCUCCGGUUUCCUCCCACCAUCCAAAGUUGUGCAGGUUAGGUGGUUUGGCCAUGUUAUAUUGCCUAUAAUGUCCAGGGAUGUGCAGGCUAGGUGGGUUAACUAUGGGAAAUGUGGGUUACACGGAUAGGGCAGGAUUGGGUCUGUGUAGGAUUCUCCAGAGGGGCAAGGUGGACUCGCUGGGCUGUAUGGCUUGCUUCCACACUGUGUAGGGAUCCUACGAAAUGAAAUCUUGUUUGCACAUCCAUUUUAAUGAGUGUGCUCGUGGUAAUAUAUAAAUAUCUUAAUCUGAUUGCCUGCAACUGUUUUAUUUUAAAAUGGAUGAGCAGUUAUAACACUGAAUAUUUCAGAAGUUACUGACAGCAGGGUUGCAGUUUCUGAGAAACAUAGAUGUCUGAAAGUUUCUAGGUGGAAAGUAGUAAUUGAUGAUCUGCAAUGUAACUUUUUUAAGCAUGUAAUAUGUUACCCCUUAUCUGAUUCACAUGAGCCUUGUUAUGUAUAUAAGUAGUGGAAAUAAUUUGAAUUAAUUGUGCCAGUCCUGAGAUGAAGGUAAAAAGCCUUGCAUUCACUAAUAGAACUAUGUGCCAAUCAACACCAUAAUACUGUUGCUGUAAAUGACUAGGAUUUGAUCUGUGGCCACUUUCUGUGAUGUGGAAAGAAUUGUAGUCAGUGGUUUGUGUUGUUAAUUUGCAACUUGUGUGUUAACUGUGUGCGUAUGGAGUGUAGAUGUAUAAAUCACAAUAUGAAUCACCUGGCUGAAAUUUGAAGAAUUUUUUAAUGAAAGUAAGGUGUGUUCAGUUCCGUUGACCUAGGUUAUCUAGCGUAGGAAACCGUUCGCAUUCUGUCCAAUAUUUUCUAGUGAUCACUGCCAGUAUAUAGGCAAAGCUGCAUGUAUUAUUUUUAUUUGCUUUGCAGUUUUGACCCAUUUCCAACUUUGCCAUAGUGUUUGUUUUAUUAACUAGCAAAACAUUGUUGAAGGUUCAAAAACCACCAAGAAUAACUGUGGAUAUUUAACUUUGGCAUUUGCCGUAAGUGUAGAAGUGAUGGGCAGCCCAACAUUAAAAGAUCUUUACUAGUACCGUAACAAAAACACGUGAACAAAUGAAGAUCCAUGACUGUUCGUUUGUUUCUUUUUGUGAUGUCAGAUUCUUUUGGGUAGUUGGGGCAAGGGGUACAUCAUUUUUUCCCACACCCCCGCCCCCACAACUUUUUUGUUGAUGGGGUGGAAUCGCCCAGGAGCCAGCCUGCAUACUUUGCAGUGUAGACACUUAGUGGUAACUACAUGCUAUCAUUGUGAAAAUAACAUGUCUCCAUUAGCAUGUGGUGUAUAGUAAUUGGCAUUGGUGUGAUUUUGGUGCAGAAAAACAGUGGAGGGGAAGAACUGUUAACUUCUAAAUAUAAAACUAUUCGUGAUCUAUUGUGCAGGUCAGCUUUGAUGUAGUAGCAUACCAGGGUGAUAUAGUAAAAGUUGUUUCAAAAGGGUUUGCUUCACAUACCAAAGUGUUAUGGACAAGGGAAUAUGACUGUAUUGUGACAGUGUUUAGUUACACUUGGACUUCUGAAACUUUAGUUUUGGCAGUAGAUCCAUUCCAGGACACUCUGGGAUUUGAGGAGGGAGGUUAUUCCUGUGAAAGUUCACUAGACCAUGUGCUGUCUAGUACAAGGUAAGAGCAGAUAUCCUGUGAAUUGCCCCAAGUAAUUCCAUUUGAGAACAGAUGCUGUGCUGGCUCACCAAAUGCAUUUGUUUUUUUCUAAUAUUUUAACACUUCUGAUCUUGUUGAAAAUGGUUGAACUGUUUCCUUUAGCACCUCCCAGCUACCCCAACUACCAAAGCUUCAAAGUUAAUCCUGUAUAUUUCACUCUGGUAAAGAAUGUUGCCUUUAACAUAUUAGUUUUGAGUUCUGUUGGUUUUAACUGUAAUGUAUCAGAUAAUUGUUUGCAUUCCUGUUAAAACUAAAGAUUUAUUGGUUGAACAGCCAUUCUUUGGAUGUUUUUAAAAAAAACUUAUUUUAUAUUGCAUUUGGCUUUAAUAGUUUUCUGAAGCUGUUUCUCUGUAUUUUUAUUUUUGUUAACUUUGUUUUAACAUCAGUAUAUUUUCAGCGCUUCCCAGAGGUGACUUAAAACAUAAUGAUUUGGCAGUUAGCUGUCAAGCACUAACGCAAUUGAAUACUUAAUGGCACCAUUUUUACCAGGUGUUGACUGUGGUGUAGCCUUGCUGUUUCUGAAUUGAGCAAGAAGUGUAAAUAUAAUUCGAUGCAAACAUGUCAACUGUAUUUGGAUUUAAAUUAUUUUAACAAAAUUAAAUUUUAUUUAAUGAAA